AUGGGAUUUUUUAGAAAAAACAGGAAACAAAAUUACAAUAGAAAUAACGAAAAUGAAGUGAAAUUAGAUAAAAUAAUAUUGGGUGGGACCUUUUAUAAAUAUUGUGAAAAUGAUUUAGUAAUUAAAAAUAAAUUAGAAAAUUUAGUUCCUUAUUUUAACGGUAGAAUAUUUUUGGAAAAUAAAGAAGAAAUAGGAAAAGUAGAUGAAAUUUUGGGACCAAUUAAUGAAUUUUAUUUUUCAGUUAAAUUAAAAGAAGGAAUAAGAGCAAAAUCUUUUUCAUCUGACACCAAAUUUUUUAUUGAUUCUUCUCAAACAUUACCCUUAAGUAGAUUUUUACCACAAUGUAAAAAAGUAGAAAAUACACCCAAAAAAAAAAAAAAAUCAAACAGAGAUAAAAAGAAGAAUACUUUUAAUACUAAUAUUAACAAAUCUCAAAAUUUCUCCUAUCGAGGAGGAAAUAACAAUGAAAGAAAUAAUAGAAAUGAUAGAAAUAAUAGAAAUAAUAGAAAUGAUAGAAAUAAUAGAAAUGAUAGAAAUAAUAGAAAUGAUAGAAAUAACAGAAAUAAUUUUAAGAACAGAUCAAAUAGUAGUCGUAAAUUUUCUAAUCAAAGAGGAAGAUUUUAG